AUGGCGCACCUGUCCUUUAAAUCCAUAGACGUGGAUAUAAUCCUUGCUGGCUUUAUUAUUUAUUGUGUUAAUAAAGACAGAAAUAUACCUUUCUUAUUUGAUUGUAAAAAUGGUAGAAUAUUGACGGCAGAAAAUGGAACAUUAAAAUGUAACUGUCCACUAAACACAUUCGGUGACGAUUGCAAUUGUCGAUACAAGUUUACAAAUAAAACAACUAUGUUUCCCAAACCCUACGCAGAAAAAUUUAUAUCUGAUUCAGCGAUAUGUGAUGAAAGCUGUGCUAACGAUAUCAGAUGUUCCGCUGCUGCCGUGUCUGUUGGUACUAGAAAAUGUUGUCAUUACGAUACACCAAUCAUCUUCGUGUCGUAUGUGUUAAAUGAAGACCAAUGUAUUGAAAAGUGCAACGAGAUGAGUGAAUGUAAAACAAUUGGCAUUGGAAACGAAAUGGGUUUGUUCUGUUUUGUAUUUAACGCCACCUUUGACAAGAUUCCAGAUAUUAUGAAACAAACUGACACUAGCGCUUUUAGCGUAGCAGAAAAAAUCUGCGAAUAA